AUGGCGGACCACCCGGAUAAUGUUCGUCUCACACUGCUGGAGAGAGCUGACCUCAUUCCCGGCUACCUCUCCGUCCUGGCGACUGCGCUCUACAGCGCGGUCACUGGCAUCUUUCGAGGCAGCACCGGUGCAAAGGAGUAUGGUGUCCAUGUCGGUCAUGCGAUUGUGAGGAAGAUGGUGAUGAGGUUCUCGAUACGGCAAAUGCAGUCAAUUGCCCCCUCAACGAGCAAAGCAUAUGAGCAGUUCAUGACCAAACAGGGUCUGCAGGCACAGACCGUGACGCUCAAGCACGGCGCCCGGGGCCACUGGAUCGGGAAUCCCAACGCAAAGAAAGUGGUCAUCUAUUAUCACGGCGGCGGAUUCGCCGUCGGCAGCCCACCUGCCCACUUCGACCUUUGCUCGCGCAUCGUAGCCGACCUCAACGCAAACGGCCACGACGUCGCCAUCUUCUUCCUCGCGUACACCCUCACCCCGCAUGCCACCUACCCCGCCCAACUGCGCCAGGCCGUCGAAGCCCUCCGCUACAUCCUCACAGAGACAAACCGCUCGCCGGCCAACGUCAUCGUCGGCGGCGACUCGGCAGGCGGGAACCUUGCCUUCGCAGUCGUGCUGCACCUCUCCCACCCACACCCCGAKAUCCAGCCCGUCGCACUCUCGACCAACCUCGCCGGCGUGUUCGGGUUCGCGCCGUGGGUCAGCUUCCGCACAGACGGGGCCUCGAUGGACGCGAACAGGUACAGGGACGUGAUCCCCACAGACGCGCUGAAGAGAUGGUCGAGUGCGUAUCUCGCUAGCGGGAAAAGCGAUGCCUGGAGCGAGCCGGCGCUCGCGCCUGUGGAGUGGUGGGCGGAUGCAAAGACCGACCAGGUCCUGAUCCUGGCGGGUCAGCAUGAGAUCUUGUUCUCGGCGAUUGAUGACUUUGUGGAGAGGUUCAAGUCUGUUUUCCCAAAUACCACUUACGUGGUUGGGUAUGGUGAGACGCACGUCGACGCGGUAUAUACUGCUUUGUUGAAGAGUACAGAGAGUCAGCAGGGAAAGGAGUUGAAGAGGUGGCUCGGGGCUCGGUUGUAG